GGUGUUUUGUUUUUUGUUUUUAUAAGUUUUGUGCGACAAGCCAAGUAAUCCGAAUUAGCGCUGCCGGCGCCAAGCGAAUACAUUUUUACGAGACGUGCGAACGGCAUAGUGUUAAAUAAGAACAAGGCUAAUUAAAAAUAAAGUUUUUACAGAUUUGUUUAUUACAUUUUAUUACAUAUUUGAUGAUAUGGAAAUUCUUCAUGAAAUACUUCAUAGGCGUAUUAAGGAAGCGAAUAAAAACUUAUGGCUGACGAAUAAGUUCAACACGUUGAAGAAUGAUGAAGAACGUGUAAUAUUUACUCUCGAAGUAAUGCAACAGUUCAAUGUAGUUCCUAAAAUAAAAAAUGUGCCAAAAAGUCGCUUAGAUUCGGAAAAAUUUAGAAAGGAGGGAAAUAAGUUGUUUCUUACAAAUCCUCUCGAUGGGCAUAAAUGUAUUCAAAUAUUGCAAUUAUAUACAAAGAGUAUAGCUUAUGCAAAUCCUUCGUCAGAAGAACUUGCUUUAGCUUAUGCUAACAGAUCUGCUAUUUUAUUAAAAAUUCAUAAGUUUAGAAAAUCUAUUCAAGAUAUUGAUAGAGCAUUAUCUUUGAAUUAUCCUGAUAAAUUAAAAGUCAAAUUAUAUAUACGUAAAGUAGAAUGUUUAGUAUCAAUUGGAGAUUCUUCUAUAGAAGAAGAUUAUAAAGCUGCAUUGCAUUGGUUGGAAAAGAUGUCGUUAAAUGAUCUUAACCAGAAAAAUCUUCAAAAAAAAUUACAAUAUUUAUAUGAGCAAUCAAAAAACAUGAUAAAAAAGAAUACGAAAAAGCAGGAGAAUCAGUAUCUUUUUGAAGUUAAAUCUCAAAACAUAGAAAUUCCGUGUUCAUCAGAUGCAAUAGCUAUUAAAUACAAUGAACGUUAUGGAAGACAUGUUGUUGCUACUCGUGACAUUUCUCCUGGUGAAGUCAUUGCUUCAGAGAAACCUUAUUCUUUUAUGUUAACACCAGAUAAUAUUUAUACUCAUUGUUCAAAUUGUCUGGAGAUUUCUUUGGCAAGUAUACCUUGUGAUCAUUGCACUUGUGCCAUGUAUUGUUCAGAAAAAUGUAAGUUGGAAGACUGGAAGAAAUAUCAUGAUAUAGAAUGUCCUGUAUAUUCAGUAUUGUUUGAGAUUUCUAAUUAUAUUAAGUUUGAUCUAUUUAGCGCAAGACUUGCAAUACAAGCAAUAAAAGAAUUUAAUAGUUUAGAAGAUUUACGAAGUCUGAUUAAAGAAAUUGAUGAAUGGGAUGAUCCUAGAACAAAAGGUUUUAGUUCUGAUAACAAAUUUCACAGUGAUAAAUAUAGAAGUAUAUACAGUCUCACGACAAAUACUGAAAAAAGACUACCAAUUGACCUAUUCAGAAAAUCUGUAGAUGCUUGUAUUAUUUUAUAUUUGCUUGCUACACGUACUAUGAUGUUUGGGGAUAAAUUGGAACAUGAAUUAUCUGCAUUAAUUAAAAACAAAGAUGUUACAUUAAUUGGUGGGCUUAUAUUAAGGCACCAACAAAUAAUACCUACUAACAUUCAUAGCUUGGAUGAAGAAUAUGGUUUAGAUGUUAGAGAACGAGGUAUUGCAGCAAUGGCAUUUUAUAGUCUGUUUAAUCAUAGCUGUGAUCCAAAUAUACUAAGGUAUUCAAGAUCUACAAAUAUGAUUAUAUGUGCUGCUUAUCCUAUAAAAAAAGGAGAUCAGAUUUUAGAUAAUUAUGGUCAGCAUUAUGCUAUAAUGGUAAAACAAAGAAGACAAGAGAAACUUUUAAAACAAUAUUAUUUCAAAUGUGAUUGCAUACCGUGCAAAAAAGAUUGGCCUUUAUAUUGUAGUCUACCUUCUUUCGAAGAUUUAGUAACAAAUCUAUAUGAUAAAUCGAUUAUUAUGGCAGCUUUAAAAAAAUUCGAUACUUAUGUGUGUUUAGCAACUGUUGGUGAAGUUCAUGAAAAUUUUUCGUAUAUAAUACAAGAUUUAUUAAAGAUGAUACAAAUAUUAUAUGAUCAUGCUCCAAUGCCUUGUAGAGAAAUGAAUAAGGUUGUGGAAACUGUAAAACGUGUAUAUUCUUUAAGUGGCAACAGAUUUGAUUUACCUGUGAUAACUUAAAUAAAAUUUAUAUAUAAAAUUAUUUUAAAUUAUAUGAUAUUGUAUAAUUUUAUAUUAUUAAAUAUUAUAUAUUAUAAAAUUUAUAAAUAAUUGUAUGUAUUCUCAUUUGUUUCAAAUAAA